AAAAUACCCAGGUUGCGCAACUUCAAUGUAUGUACCUAUACAUACAUACAUAUAUUAAAGGUAUAAAGUGCAAGUGAGAUAUUAUCCGGAUAAACGAAUAAUACCAUAACAAUGAUAACACUUUUUCUUUAAAUAAAUCAAAUAGUACUUUUAAUACUCGAAUUGUAUUAUAGUAGGUAGAGUGGUUGCAUCGAAAGGAAGAGUGGUUGGGUUCGAAACCUGCUGUAGGCAUGUAGUUAUAAACAUGUAUUUCCGUCAGUUAUGGGUAAGUAUGCAGGUAGAUUUUCAAAAUUAUAAGACACAGAAAAUUUCUAAAGCCUACAUCUAAAACAGGUAGUAUUUUCUUUCCCCGGCUUGUUAUAAAAAGGAACCUUUCUGUCUAGGCAAGAUUUGAUUUUUUCAAUUUUAUUCUUGUUCCGAGUAUAAAUAUGAGUUAAUGCGCUUUGAAACUUCAUAACAUCUUCAAGGCUCGCCGGAGAUAGUUCAGUUCAUAAGUCUAAUUUCAAAACCGUGAUUUAUUAAAAAAAAUAAAAUGAGUAAAAGGACGCGAGAAUUUGAGUGUAGUAAGGAUCCAGAUAUGUUCUGUUUCAUGUGUGGCCAAUAUACUAUCAUAAGGCGACGACGAGUGUUCUCAGAUCAUAUCAAAACUUUAUACUCCAAGUAUUUUGGAAUUGAGCCUAAAAAUGCUGAAAAACCAUGGACACCGAACACUUCAGUGGGAAUCAGGACAACAAACAAAAUUUGAUACACCAAUGAUAUGGAGAGAACCUACUUGCCAUUCAAUAGAGUGUUAUAUUUGUCAAACAAAAGUACUUGGCGUUGGAAGAUCAAGAUCCUAUGCUAGCGUACCUACAGUGACAUUACCAGUACUACAUUCAACGGCAGUUGCGGAUCCAGUUCCAUUGUCAACAGUAACAUCUGAGUGCAGGGGAUCAAGUUGUACUGAAUUUCGCAUGGAAAACGAAAGAAACGUUCUGUCACAAGCACAACUUAAUGAUUGGAUAAGAGAUUUGGAACUAUCCAAGGUCACGAACCAUUUUCCAAACACUAUACCAAGAAAGACAGUAUAUGCUACUGCAACGACAUCCCUGGUUUAUUCAAAGAGUUUGGUCAAACAUAUGAUUCAAAAGAGUGGCGAUUGUUCAUAGACGGCAAUAAACUGAGUUUGAAGGCUGUAUUAUUGCAUAUUGGUAACAAAAAGCCUUCUAUCCCGAUUGCACAUGCAGUAAAUACAAAGGAAACCUACGAGGAAAUGCAAAAAAUACUCAAAUUUAUCAAAUAUGAAAAAAAAAGUUAAAAAU